CAGGAGGAUUGUAGCAGCCCAGAGCUGGAUCUAAAAUGAUGCGUCUGUUCUUCCGCUCUGUUGCGGGCUGCUGUCCUUCAUUCCUCCCUCAUCAUCCUCCACACACCCGGGAGACUUUCUCCAAGGCCGCUUCUUACAAAAAAAUGUUUCAUUACCUGACGGAGGAGAGAGGCAGGCCGAACUCACCGGAAUACCGGAUUUACUUUAAAACCUCACAUGGGAAAUACAUUUCUCCGUUCCAUGACAUCCCGCUCUAUGCACCCCAUCAACAGACGGACGACGUACCAGCGAAGAAACAGAAACGCCCUGACAGAGAGAUUCUCUUCAAUAUGGUUGUGGAGGUUCCUCGCUGGUCCAAUGCCAAGAUGGAGAUAGCCACGAAGGAAACGCUGAACCCCAUUAAACAGGACGUGAAAAAAGGCAAACUCCGAUAUGUGGCCAACAUUUUUCCACAUAAAGGCUACAUCUGGAACUAUGGCGCGCUGCCUCAGACCUGGGAGGAUCCCAAUCACACAGAUAAAGACACCAGCUGCUGUGGAGACAACGACCCCAUAGACGUCUGUGACAUCGGCACCACGGUAUGCUCUACUGGUCAGGUGAUCCAGGUGAAGGUGCUUGGUAUUCUGGCUCUGAUUGAUGAAGGAGAGACAGACUGGAAAGUCAUCGCCAUCAACACUGACGAUCCUGAUGCUAAUAAACUUCACAGUAUUCAGGAUGUUCGGGUGAACAGACCCGGUCACCUGGAGGCGACGGUGGAUUGGUUUAGAAAAUAUAAAAUACCUGACGGGAAACCGGAGAACCAGUUCGCCUUUAACGCACAAUUCAAGGACCAGGACUUUGCUGUAGAGGUGAUUAAAUCCACACACAGCUAUUGGAAAGCUCUGGUGCAGAAACAGACGAAAUGUGGAGAGAUCGUGUGUCAGAACUCCUCGGUCUGCGGAAGCCCGUUUCAGUGCAGCGACGCCGACGCUGUUGCCGUAGUCAGAGCUGCUCCAGAGUACGGAGAGGGUCUGCCGCUUCCUGCAGAAGUGGAUAAGUGGCAUUUCCUGUCCCAGUGACCCUGCGGCUCUGUCCACUGACCCGCUCUACUGUACUACAGUUUGUACAGAGACGCACAUCAGCUGCACUUCAUUAGUCGUUCAGAAUUAUUAAUCACCUCACUUAUAAAUUCAUUCGGUGUCCCUUCAAUGAUUAAUAGCUGAUUUUUUUUACUACUUUAGCAAACUGAAGUUUGACCUUUACUGAUACCGGAGAAAUACAUCAAACCCCAACCUGUUGUACUGAUCUGUCUCUGUGCCGUCACACUUUACUUUAAAUUGUACAAUUUACUUUAGAAAUUAUUUUUUUAAGACACAUCACACAAAAAGAAUAUUUAUUUUUUCAUACAGAACCGUAUUAAGUGGGUGGAGUUUGGGGUGUGACUUUAUUAUUGUUUUUGUUAAAUAAAUACACUAUAAAUGUGCACUUUA